GCGCCGCCUGCUCGCACGCGGGCAACCCGUUGCCUUGGCAACCGUCGCGCCGCGUCUUCCUGAGGGAGCUCAGUCAGCCCGCGGAUCCCGUCGCACGCUCCCCACUGCCCCGCGAUUUUCGCGUGGGCUUAGAGGCGGAGGGACAACAAAAAAUGGCGGAGCGGAGCCAGACGGUGCCUGAGGCAGGCAAUGAUAUGGGAAAUGACGAUGCCAUCGGAGGGAAUGUGAGCAAAUAUAUGGUGCUUCCAUCUGGAUACUGUGGACAGUCCAAGAAAGGACAUCUUAUCUUUGAUGCUUGCUUUGAAAGUGGUAACCUUGGACGGGUAGACCAGGUCUCUGAAUUUGAGUAUGACUUAUUCAUUAGGCCGGAUACCUGUAAUCCACGCUUCCGAGUCUGGUUCAACUUUACUGUUGAAAACGUGAAAGAAUCACAGAGAGUCAUUUUCAACAUUGUUAACUUCAGUAAAACCAAGAGUCUUUAUAGAGAUGGAAUGGCUCCUAUGGUGAAAUCUACAAGCAGACCCAAAUGGCAAAGGCUGCCACCUAAAAAUGUUUACUACUACCGGUGCCCGGACCAUAGGAAGAAUUAUGUGAUGUCCUUUGCAUUUUGUUUUGACCGAGAAGAAGAUAUUUACCAGUUUGCUUACUGCUACCCAUAUACAUACACACGCUUUCAGCAUUACCUUGACAGCCUGCAAAAGAGAAACAUGGAUUACUUCUUUCGGGAGCAGCUGGGUCAGAGCGUGAAAAAGCAAAAGGCAUGGGGAGAAGUGGAAAACAUGAACUUUGAUCCAGCCAUAAAGCCUCUCAUUGAUAGCCUGCUAUUCUGUACAGGCUUCAAGCCACCAAUGAUGAAGAUCCUGCCCAUUGCCCAUAUGAGAUGUGGUCUGAAAGUUAGCCAGAGGCUUGUGUUUCAUACAUCCUACAGAAGAUAUAUAAGGCCUCUGGUCAUUUCCAUAGUACCUCCUAAGGGAGUAUAAUUAUGAUGUAUAUCCUUAGGCUUUGGCAAGACAAAGAAUUCUCACAAUACCAAUAAAACAAGAACCAGUGCUCUCUGUUACCAUUUUAUACUUUGAAUACCUAUCUCUCUUAUGAUCAACAGAAGAAUUAAUAGAAAUAUCUUCAGGCGGUACAUCCAAAUGUCUUUCUUUUGAUCUGACCACAUAAAAAGGCAGAUGUGUGUCUGUGCACGUGUGUGUGCAUACGUGUGAGUGUUUAGAAUUCAAUUGUCUAGCUAACUUUUAAUUAUUCACUCUGUAAAAAAUAGUACUACUCCAGCUUAGGUGUAUAACCUCAAAUUGUCAGGACCUGUGUGGUACUUUAAUGAAGACUAGGAGCAAAAGUUGCCAUGUAUGAGCAGACAGCUCACCAAAUCAGACUGAAACCACUGCUACCACUACAGUGAAAUUUGCCAUCACAACCUCUCUCCCUUGAUUCCUCUGCUCCUUCCUAGGACAAAGCCACAUCAGACAAAUCACCAUUCUCCAAACAUACUUGGUAAUUGCAGACCUCUGAGUCCUUUAUAUGUAUUUCCCUUUUUCUUGAAAUAAUGCUCAUCUUUUUAACAUUUCAAACUCCUCCUCAUCCUCCAAGGUCUAGUAUAAAUGAAGCCUUCUCUGAUCCCCUACCCAAAGAAGGGAGUUACUUUAACUCCAGCCUCAUAACAUGCCUGACAUUUCCUAAAUGUUACCUGAUCUUGACAAUUCUGUAGCCCUGCUUUUCUCAGUUUGGAAUAUCUUUUUGUCUGCCUUUCAUCUCCACCUGUUCACAUCUUAAAACCUGAGAACAUUAAAGCUGAAACAACUCUUAGAGAUCAUAAUUUUUCAGAUGGGAAAAUUGAGUCUCAGAGAAGGAAAGCAACUGGUAAACUAGCAGGACAACCAAAACUAGACCACAGGUCUCAAGAAGAGUGGAAGGGCAAUGUCUUUUGAGUUAAAACAACCUGGGUUCAAACCCAGGCUCUACCAUCAACAAACUAUUUGAUUUUUUUCAUCAUC